AUGAAGCGGGCAAUUGAACAAGCAGGGUCGGUAUGCGCUGGCUGGAUCUCGUCCUGCUUGUUCUUCUGCCCGGGCUCGGGGAGCGAUGAUGAAAGCUUCCACCACCAACAAUCUCUGAAGCGAAAGGGGGUCGAGCGAGAGAUGAAAGUAUGUCAUACGCAGCCUCGUCUCGUUCCCCCGAUGAAGCUCGCCGUCGACAGUUCUCUCCCCAGGCCAAGUGCGCCAGCCUGGACAUCGUCUACACCAUCACUGAAGCUGGAUAGUAGGCUGUCAUCGCAAAGGUCCAAACGAGCGAGUCUCACUUUCAAAAGAAAGUCAACUGCUCCUUUACGAAUCAGCGGGCCCUCGGAAUUCAGAACAGUUUCCAGUUUCGCAACUUCUCCCAGGGGAUUCCAUCCUGACAGUUUUAUUAUCCUUUCGCCUGGGCAAUUUCGUCCCCUAGAACUGAACUUCGAGGCCUCCGGCAAUGGACUGCCAGAUCUUCCCGAGUUUGAUACCUUUCAAGUAGAAGAAGAAUGCCCAAUACUUACCCGGCCUUCGCGCACUCUGAGAACAUCCGCUGAUGUCUCCCGUAUAUCUCGCGCCAAAUCCCACCGACCUUCUUCUUCCUUUCAAUUAGUGCGGAAACCUGUCGGCUCUGGAUCCCGGCGAUCCUCUCUAGCCACCAUGGAACAGCUCAUGGACAAACAAGUUCCAUUCAAUAACCCUUUAGUCCCUCACUUCUCUGCCCGUUCACAUGCAGAUAAUGAUCCGACUGCAAGUCAACAUCAUUCUGGUCACACUAGGCUGGACACAGCCAAUGGUUGCGGAUUGGUAGUGUCGAAGCCGGAGUCUUACAAAGAGUCACAAGCAAGCAGAAUCACUCUACCCCCUAGGACUCCUACCAACACCACCUGCACCAACCUGCAGGACAGGCCAUUACCCCCUAUCCCAGUGGAAGAUUCUCCUUCAUCUGGCACCACUCAACGACCCCCGACGACACCGACCGAGACCCGACCACCCACCACCCCUUCCGAGAAUCGUAACCCUAACUCAGCAACAACAACACCCACCCGAUCCGGCCGCGUCACUCAAUGGCUCUUCCAGUCAAGCAACAAGGCCUCACCCUUCUCUUCUUCCACAUCCCCUUGGAUGUCCACUUUCACCGACAAAAACCCCUUCCGCAUCCGCUCCCGUACCCUUAGUGGAUCCACCAUCACCUCAAGUCUGACCAGCCUAACAGGUGGCUUCAAGGCUACUCCAUCUUUAUCCAGUAAUACUACAGCAGCCCCAGGUCGUCCGUCUCACAUUGAUCCCCGUCUGCAAAAGGAAUUAGACGUACCUAUGUGCUUUUCUCGUCCAUAUAUACCUAAACAAGCUGAUGAUCCUGCCAUCUAUCCAACCAUCUUUGAAGGUCAACAACAGCAGCAGCAGCAUCCACAGAACGGAUACGAUGAAUUCGAUCACGAUUACUACACGACAUAUCGUCGGUCCGCGGUCGGUUUGGCUUUUUAA